AUCGAUCAGCGUGUCGACGUCGUAGGUCGGAGGUUUCCUUGAAAGACCGUCUGUGGUGGUGUGGUGCGUGACUGUGGUUUUUAGUUCCUACCUUAUACUUAUCCUGUGCUGUGCCAAGGUCUCGAGGUCGACGUUGACCGAAGAGCUCGGGAUGGAUCUGAACUUUUUGCAACACAACUCUCUUUAUCCCAGGGGUGCUACGGGAGCGAUGGCAUACUACAAUACCAGUGGAUCUCCAGAGCUAACAUCACAGUCUUCACAAAUAUGGACAAAUACCGGUAAGGCUUUCCAAAUUAUGUAUCUAACAAGUGACACCUGCCUUUUGUACUUGAUGAAUAUCGAGGAAGUUUCAAUAAUACAUAAUUGA